AGAUAGAGAAGAAACUCUCUUACCAAACCACACACUCUCUCUCGCCAGAGAGUUUCUUCCCCUCUGAUUCUCCCCGGAGACACUCGAAAAAUCCAAACUUUCAAUCAUGGGUCUCUCCACAAACCUCCACACCAUCAACCCCCGCUCCACUUUCCUCACCGGCGGCCUCCUCCGCCCCUCUCCAAUCACAUCCACUUUCAUCAAAAUCUCUUCCCUUUCAAUCCCUAAACACCAAACCACCACAACAAUCAGAUCCCAAAUCUCCACAAUCACCCCCGUCAAAGACGACAUCGAAUCCCUCUUCUCAUCCCCAACAACCCAACAACAACAAUCCUCCGACCGUCGAAAAAACUCUUCCUCCUCCGGCGUCUCCUCCGGCGUGAAGCUCGAGAACAUAACUAAAACCUACAAAGGCGUCACCGUCCUCAAAGACGUCUCCUGGGAGGUGAAAAGAGGGGAGAAAGUAGGCCUGGUCGGAGUAAACGGCGCCGGCAAAACGACGCAGCUUCGAAUCAUAACGGGCCAAGAGGAGCCCGACUCGGGAAACGUAAUCAAGGCCCGGCCCAAUAUGAAAGUGGCCUUUUUAAGCCAAGAGUUCGAGGUUUCCAUGAGCAAGACCGUUAAAGAAGAGUUCAUGAGCGCUUUUGAGGAGGAGAUGGAGAUUACGGAGAGGCUUGAGAGAGUUCAGAAGGCGAUUGAAGGAUCUGUUGAUGAUUUGGAGCUGAUGGGGAGGUUACUUGAUGAAUUUGAUUUGUUGCAGAGACGAGCUCAGGCGGUGAGUUUGGAUAGUGUUGAUGCGAAGAUUAGUAAGUUGAUGCCGGAGUUGGGGUUUGUGGCUGAGGAUGCUGAUAGGCUUGUGGCUUCCUUUAGUGGUGGGUGGCAGAUGAGGAUGUCUCUUGGGAAGAUUCUGCUUCAGGAUCCAGAUUUACUGCUACUUGAUGAACCUACAAACCAUUUAGAUCUUGACACCAUUGAGUGGCUUGAAGGCUAUUUGCAAAAGCAAGAAGUUCCCAUGGUCAUAAUCUCACACGACAGAGCCUUCCUUGACCAGCUCUGUACCAAAAUCGUCGAAACCGAGAUGGGUGUUUCAAGAACAUUCGAAGGUAACUACUCUCAGUACGUGAUCUCAAAGGCAGAGUGGAUUGAAACUCAGAACGCAGCUUGGGAGAAGCAGCAGAAAGAGAUUGAAUCAACUAAAGACUUAAUCGCUAGGCUUGGUGCUGGUGCUAACUCUGGCCGUGCUUCCACUGCAGAAAAGAAACUAGAGAAGCUGCAAGAACAGGAGCUUAUAGAGAAGCCGUUUCAGAGGAAGCAGAUGAAGAUUAGGUUUCCAGAGCGUGGAACUAGUGGAAGAUCUGUAGUCACGGUUAAGAACGUUGAUUUUGGUUUUGAGGAUAAGAUGCUGUUUAAGAAGGCUAAUCUAACAAUAGAGAGAGGAGAGAAGAUUGCUAUUAUUGGCCCUAAUGGUUGCGGGAAAAGCACGUUACUGAAGCUUAUAAUGGGUUUAGAGAAGCCAAUGAAAGGUGAAGUUAUUCUCGGAGAGCACAAUGUAUUACCAAACUACUUUGAACAGAACCAGGCUGAGGUUCUUGAUUUGGAUAAAACGGUUCUUGAAACGGUUUGUGAAGCUGCAGAAGACUGGAGAAGUGAUGAUGUAAAAGGUCUUUUAGGACGUUGCAACUUCAAAGCAGACAUGCUUGAUAGGAAGGUCUCUCUAUUGAGCGGUGGUGAGAAAGCAAGACUUGCUUUCUGUAAAUUCAUGGUGACGCCUUCGAAUGUACUUGUUUUGGAUGAACCAACCAAUCACUUAGACAUUCCUUCUAAAGAGAUGCUUGAGGAAGCGAUAAACGAGUACCAAGGUACAGUGAUUGCAGUCUCACACGACCGUUACUUCAUCAAACAGAUUGUUAACAGAGUGAUAGAAGUUGAAGAUGGUUGUUUGGAAGAUUACGCAGGAGACUACAAUUAUUACUUGGAGAAGAAUUUGGAAGCUAGGGCAAAGGCGGUAGAGAGAGAAGCAGAGCUAGAAGAGAAAGCACCAAAAGUGAAGGCGAAGUCAAAGAUGUCAAAAGCAGAGAAAGAAGCAAGGAAGAAGCAGAAGAUGCAGGCGUUUCAACAGGCUAAACAGAAGUCAAAGGCCAGCAAGAACUCCAAGAGAUGGAACUGAAAAGGAGUCUGAGAGAUAUUUUUAUAAAAGUCUUCUUACAGUUGCAGCAACAUCUUUAUUGUGGAUUCUCAGUUUGUAUAGAAUAUACUUUUUCAGUUAAGAAAAGAUUAAGAAACUUAACUGUCUCAGAAAUUGGAUUAGAGGUUGAUCACUUGUAGUCAGAUUCAAUACUAGUAGUUAGCCCUGGUGUAUCAUCUGAAACCCUUGAAGUCAAACCAAAUUUUAUAAAUAUCUGAAUAG